AUGACCGUCACUGUCCUGGCGACGCCUCCCACUACCACUACCACCACCAAGUCAAAGCGUCGUGGUCCGUUACUGGCUAUCGAUAUGGCUACGUCCCAGGCGCAGGCGCGUCCUGCUGCGUCUGGAAGAGGCGGGAGUAGGAGAACGAGUUUGCGGCUUAGUAGACAGGAGAAGGGUGAGGAGAACACGACUGGGAAUGGCACGGCUGCUGGGGAGAAGAAGAGGAAACUGGUGCCUGUUGAUGAAGAGGAUGAUGGGUUCCAGUUUACUCGUAUCGCGACGAAGAAGGCUAGACCGUCGGCGGAGAAAGAGAAAGAGAAAGUUCAACCUCCGGUUUUACCUCCUAGCUCGCAUUUGAAUACGCCACCGCAGCCGUCGCCGAGGAGGGGACGGCCGCCGAAGAAGAAGGUGGUGGUUGUGGAGGAACAGGAGGAGGAGAAGGCGGAGUUUCCUGCGGUUACGACGAAGAAGACUGCGGCGACUACAAGGACGAAACGCGGAAGAAAACAGACUGAGGCGACGGGCAAGAGGACGACGCGGGGUGCUGCGAAGGCGAAGGAGACUCGGUCUGAGCCUGAGCCUGAACCGGAGCCUGAACCUGAACCUGAACCUGAACCGGAGCCGGAGCCGGUAUCAAUAUCUCCAGUCCAGCCACAGCCGCAGCCAAAAUCGGAACGUGCAAAACGCUCGACGCGAAAACGAGACCAGGGAGAGUCGGUUCCAUUGGAGAAGAAGCGGAGGAAAGGCCGGCCUAGUAACUCUAGGAAGGAGGAACAGCAGAAACAACAACAACCGACGCCGCAGCCGGAACCUGAGCCUCAGCAGCCACAAGAAUCACAUCGCGAUGGCUAUGUGUCUCCGGAGCCGCCGCGGGCUGGAACGGCCACGAUUGCAUUGCCGCUGGCCGAUACACCCGUCAUACAAAGGAAUCGAGAGAUGCGAGGGAAGAAGUCCGUGAAAGGGAACAACAGGCGGAGUAGUUUGGGGAUGAGAGGUCGGCGGGCGAGCUCGCUGAUCGACUCUGGGGCGUCCAAUGCGUUACCGCAUAAGGAGGUCAACACUGCGGAUUAUUACAAGCUUAUUGGCACAGAUCUGCCGGAGCCGCGGCGGAUGCGACAGCUUCUGGUCUGGUGUGCUACGCGAGCUAUAGGCGACAGGCCUUCGGGGUCGCGCUCAGAGGAUGAGAGCGCUCGGUUAGCGGCACGGGUUAUACAGGACGAGCUACUCAAGGACUUCGAAACGAAUUCGACGCUCUCGAACUGGUUUGAACGGGAAGAUCUGAAUCCUCCCGCGGUGGUGGUCAAGAAGGAGAACCCGAAGAACAUACAGAAUGCGGACAAGGUCAAGGAGUUGGAAGAGCAAAUACAAAAGCUGCAAAAAGAACGGCACGCUCUCAAUGCCCUGUUGCGACCACCCGACAUUCCCCCUAUCAAGGGACCACCGCCCGAGACAGAUCCCAACGAACCUUCACAACAGCCAAUAUUCAAGCCCGACGAGCCGAUCGAUCUGUCGGUAUUAAACCCGUCUCAGCGGAGGAUAUACGCGCAGAUCGACCCCAUAACCGCCAAACAACAACAACCACCAACACAACAACAACCCCAGCCAACAGACGGCGAACCCAUGGACACCGACCCUCCCUCAUCAUCAUCAGCAGCAGCAGCAACAACAACAACAGCCCCCGACACAACCCCCUUCCUCCCUCCAAUGUCCCCAACCACCAUCUCCACCCGCCUCUCCCGCAUAACCAGCACCCUCGCCCCGACCCUCGAUUCCCUCGCCGCCGGCAUCCACAACCUCGAACUCUACCGCUCCACCUCCGACGCCGUCUCCUCACAAGUCCUUCGCAUCUGCGCCGAGCGCCUCGAAGCCCGCGACGCCCGAAACAGCAUGCGCGCCUCCUCCUUAUCCUCAUCCCCCUCCUCUGAUAUCGCCACAAACCACAAGGACUUAAGUCUCCGACCACGACCAAAGGAAGAUCUAGGUGUGAUACUUGGGGCACUAAGUCGGGUAGAAAGACGAGCUUGA